GUUUCUCCUUCCGGCCAGCUCGGCCCGGAAGCGUAGUGUCCGGGCUGUUGGCUUGGCGGCGCAUCGUCUUUUCCCCGUUGCUACCGGGGCGCGGUCGCUGCGGGCCGGGCUCACUCGCGCCAGCGAUGGAGGGGCAGCGGGUGGAGGUGGACGGCGGGAUCAUGGAAGGGGGCGGCCAGAUCCUCAGGGUCUCCACCGCCCUGAGCUGCCUCCUGGGCCUCCCCUUGCGCGUGCAGAAGAUCCGCGCGGGCCGCAGCACGCCGGGCCUCAGGCCUCAGCAUUUGUCUGGACUGGAAAUGGUUCGAGAUUUGUGUGAUGGGCACCUGGAGGGGGCAGAAAUCGGCUCAACAGAGAUCACCUUCACACCCGAGAAGAUCAGAGGAGGAAUCCACACAGCUGAUACGAAGACAGCAGGGAGUGUGUGCCUCUUGAUGCAGGUUUCAAUGCCUUGUGUUCUCUUCGCUGCUUCCCCAUCGGAACUUCGUUUGAAAGGUGGAACGAACGCUGAGAUGGCGCCGCAGAUUGAUUACACCUUGAUGGUUUUCAAGCCAAUCGUUGAGAAAUUCGGUUUCAAAUUUAAUUGCGACAUUAAAAUGAGGGGCUAUUACCCGAAGGGGGGCGGUGAAGUGAUUGUCCGAAUGUCACCAGUUAAACAGUUGGACCCAAUAAAUCUGACUGAUCGUGGCUCUGUGACCAAGAUUUAUGGGAGAGCUUUUGUUGCUGGAGUUUUGCCACUAAAAGUGGCAAAAGAUAUGGCGGCGGCAGCUGUGCGAUGCAUCAGGAAGGAGAUGAGGGAUCUGUACGUCAGCAUCCAGCCUCUGCAGGAGUCCAGGGACCAAGCCUUCGGCAACGGCAGUGGGAUCAUCAUUGUUGCUGAGACAUCCACUGGCUGCUUGUUUGCUGGAUCAUCACUUGGCAAAAGAGGUGUGAAUGCAGACAAGGUUGGGAUUGAAGCUGCUGAAAUGCUGUUAGCAAAUCUUAGACAUGGUGGCACUGUGGACGAGUAUCUACAAGACCAGGUAAUGGCAAUGGCAUCUACAGGAUCAAAACCAUCCUUCCUGCUGGAUUGGAACAUAAUUAUGUUGAACACAAAUGUCUUUAGUUGUGCCAUAAAAUAUUCAGACACUUUUGUCUCAUUCUCUUGGUCUCAAUGCAAGGCCAAAUUCACUGUGAAGAAGUCAGAAGAGGAAGAAGAUGCCUCUAAAGACACUUACAUCAUCGAGUGUGAAGGAAUCGGGAUGGCAAAUCCACAUCUCUAGGGGUUUACCUGAGCAAUACCUCCAUGUUGCACUAACUGAUUUUCUAUAUGCUGCAACACAGUGACUAAGAAGUAAGAUGUUGACUGAAUUUGGAGGAGACGAAGCAUAGUACUUUGAGAUGCUGAGAAUGCUUCAUCAUGUUAAGCUCACCUUGACUGUCUCCUGAGAUAUAGACAGUGAAAGACAAAACUUGAUGAGUGUGAUCGUAAAUUUCAGUAUUAAAGUAUUGAAAUCAGAUGUGGUUUAUACCCCAAA